UAUGCAUUUAAGCAUUUAAGUAAAAAACAUAUCUCUGCGCCAUCAGCCUUUGAGUCUUUCAUUAUAGUCUUUACAGAUCUCGGUUGAGGAGGAGAGUCUUGAAAAGUAAACAUUUAAUCCAGAUUUCUGCUACAAUUGUGAGCAUAGUUUACCAUACAGAAAAGGACGCUCGAGCGUACAUACAUACGUACGUAUGCUAUGUAACCAUGGACAAACAUUAUUCAUUAGAUUUCGGCUUAAUUUUCUUUUCUUUUCUUGCUGAGUUUUUUCCUUUUUUAUUUUCAUUUUAAUCUGUUUGCCCGUAUACGUAGUAUAUGCUUGUGUUGACUUAGCGCUGGACAAACCAUCAAUAUAUUUAUGUUGUAUUGUUGCUGCCAUUUAACUCUUUUAGCCGACAGUCACACUCAGAGAGAAAGAGAGAGAGCGAGAGAGAAUGGCAGAGAGCACGAAGACUAGAGAGAGAUUUAGUCAGAGAGUAAACACGUUACAUGAUCAUUGCGUUUAUGGUCGCUCGACAUGUAUAGUUUCUUCAAACACACACUCAACCAUAAUUGAGUUAGUGCGCUUGUUUACUUUUUUCUUUUUCAGCUAAACAUACAAACCUAUACAGAUUUGCUUCAUACAUGUUAAAAGACCCUCGAAAAGGAAAGCCAUGCUAUAUACGCUAAAGCGUUUCUACUGCGGCCUGCCUAAGCAACCUACAAAAUCUUCUUAUGUUUCAUAAUUAUUAUCUGCAGUAUGUGAUACGUAACAGACAAGAUGCCAACGGAGUCGAAUUUAUUAAGAGAACAUAACGCAUGUGUGGCCCAUGAACCACGUUUGGAACAUUUCAAACAAACGGCCACGGGAGUGACAGGUGUCAAUGUUAAUAAUUCGGAGCGCAAUUCCUCAACAGGACGUAGUACAAAUUUUGAAACAGCUGCUAUAAAUUAUCAACAUCAUUUGGCGAGUUCCUCUGCAUUAAUGAACAACAGCAAUCCCCAAGGUCCUCAGCAUCAACGAGAAGUUUCGGCCUUUGUUCCCGUUUUGCCUUCCCAUCGUAAUCCGUUAAGAGCUCCAGGCUCGCUUUACGGUAAUAUGUUAGAACCAGGUGGAGUGGAGAGCGGUAAAGAUCCUAAUAAAAGGGGCUCUAAUUUUGAAAUAAUGGCUAUGAUGGCCGAUAAACGCAAAGAGUUAGCUUUAAGAGAAGCUGCUGUAGCAGCAGCUAUGCUUAUGCCUCGUCCGGGUCAAGUGCCGCCACCAGGAGUGCCAGCUUCUGUGAUGUAUCCACCACCGUAUUUAACGGGUCCUGGUCCAUCGCCUACUGCAGCUGGAAGCUUUACUUUUCCUUCCGCAGCUACUGCCGCUGCCCUCUUUCCCCCUGGCAUACCACCCACAAUGCAUGCUGGGUUAGAUCGCCGUUUGCUAAGAGCUCCAGGUAGAGCUUCUAGGCCCAAAAAACAAUUCAUUUGUAAAUUCUGCAAUCGCCAAUUUACAAAAUCUUAUAAUUUGCUUAUACACGAACGAACUCACACAGACGAGCGGCCGUAUUCGUGCGAUAUAUGUGGGAAGGCAUUUCGCCGACAGGAUCAUUUAAGAGAUCAUAGGUAUAUACACUCCAAGGAGAAGCCAUUCAAAUGUACCGAAUGUGGGAAAGGUUUCUGUCAAUCGCGUACAUUGGCUGUUCAUAAAAUAUUGCAUAUGGAGGAGUCGCCCCAUAAAUGUCCGGUGUGUAGUCGCAGCUUUAAUCAGCGUUCUAAUCUGAAAACUCAUUUGCUUACCCAUACCGAUCAUAAGCCUUAUGAAUGCAAUUCCUGUGGCAAAGUAUUUCGACGUAAUUGUGAUUUACGGCGCCACACUUUAACGCACGCUGUUGGCGAUGGACCCAAUGAAUAUGUUGACGUCGUAGAAGAAGAAGACGAGGCUCGUAAUUUAAGCGGCGAUGAAGAAGAUUCUCUAUUAGAAGUAGAUUCGCCACCCCAUUCUCCGACGCAAGACGAUGAGCGUGACGCAGCUGAGGAAGAGUUGAUAGAUAGUGAACACCGUAUAACGAUGUCAGAACGUCUAAGUUUGAAACGUAAAGCGCAAUUCGAUCAAGAAUUAUUGGAGGAGGACGAUGAUACCGAUGACGAAUUAGCCGAUGAUAUUGAAAAUGAAAACGAUGAAGAUAUAUCUGAAGAAGUGAGUCUUCCGCUAAGAGAAGUGAGCGAUGAACGUAAGGAAGGAGAGAUUUCAGAAGGCAAAGUACAAGAUCAAGGUGUAACCCAUUGCCAUCACGAAGGUGGGCAUCAGUAUACAAUGAGACCGUCUCAAGAACAGCAACGCAACGGAAGUAGUGAAGAUUUAGGUCCGGUUUUAAAUGCGACUCCAGCGAAUAAUCCAUCCACGCCUGCUCAUUCAUUACCACCACCGCCACCUCCUCCUCCGACUUACGUUAUGGCCACUAAUUCCGGACCAAGUAUAACGCCUUAUAUGUCUGCACAUCCACCGUCAUCUGAACCCAGCGAACCUUACAUACCGUUAUUGCAUGUUCGUCGCGAUCUCCACUCAACCAAGACUCUUGCACCAAGUUCUUCUAAUAUAAAAUCAAUGCCACCAACACAGCUACCCCCGCCGCCACCCCCAACUGUGCCAGUCAUGGUGGACACAAUAAAAAGUCAGCAAACUCAACAAAUGCUUUCACCUCAUGAACCUGUUCCUAGCUUCCUAGGUUCAAUACCUAUACGUAAACGCUCUUUAGGCUUGGAAUUUGAGCAUUCUCAUGCUUUAAAUCAAAGACCUCAUGCAUACGGUGGCGCAACGAAUCCUAAUAUGUAUGCGAUAAAUAUGUCGAGACCUCAUCUACACGCUUUACAAACCGCCACCGCUGCCAGCAUGAAAUUAGGUCCUCCAACCGGCCAUCCGCAACCAUCAUCGCCACCUUCACAUUUAGGACCUCCACCUCCCGGAAUUAUUACCAAGCCUGGACCUUAUUUGCCAACAGCUUACCAUUUAAAUCAAUCAUCAACUAUGGAUAAGACUAUGUUAACGAGCAAUACUUCGGUUGCCGGCUUAGGGGGCGAGCCGUAUUUGCAUCAUCAUAUUUCCCGAAAUUCCCUUUUAACAAUUCACCAAAACUCUACUCCGCCAACGCCACCACUACCAUCAGCUACGUCGACGGUGACUACGUCAAACCAUGCGCCGCUACAGCAAAAUCCACCCAUAAAACGAACUGGUUUUAGCAUUGAAGAUAUCAUGAGGCGCUAAUCUAUUACUUUACAAAUUAGCUAUAUACGAGGAGGGAUUUGUACAUUCUUUUCUUCUUCUUUUAAGUCAUUUCCAUUUGGCGAGAUCUCAUUUUCUGAUUAACAUUUUUAAAUUGAUCCUUUAUUAAAAAGAAAAUAUCCUUUUCGUAGUAAUUUUUUUUUUGCAGUAAAGGGUGACGGAAGGUAUUUUAUUAUUAUUAUACACUUUGCGGAGUAGGGCGAAGUGCCUUCCAAUAGGAUGAACCGCUGUUUGAGACCCAUUAUUAUUAAACUAUAUAGUUUAUUUGAGCGAUAUAUAUUGAGAUGGCAGCGAUAAUAUUAAUAAUAUGUAUACAAGACAUUAUCCACAUUCUUGUUUGCCAGUACGAUCGCCAAAUCACGGAUCGAAAGCGUUAAACGUUUUAAUUAUUUUCUUUCGCUAAUACGUGCCCCAUUCGGCCAAGGCCAAAAUGAAGAAAUUGAAUGCUUAUGGAGUGUCAAUGAAUGAUUUAAAAAGUAAAAGAUUUUAAAAGAAUUAUGCGGUGAUAAACUGCGAUCACCGCACGCGCGAUUGUUUUAAUAGCGACGGGGUUCCUAAAAGCAAUGAAAAUUAUCAAAACAAGUAUUCUCCAUUAUCCAAAUAUAUUUAAUCGUAGAUUAACUACCAUUCCAUUUAGAAUUUUAAACAAAAAGAAAAAAGAAAUACAAGAAGAACUCCUCAUGUGCAAGCACUCGCUGUUUGUCGUCUAGAAGGUAGAAACUGAUAAAAGUUAAUAAUGAUAAGCCCAAGCUUAGCAAGUAAUACAAUAAAAUUCUAGACUUUAUUCAGAUAAUUAGAAAGAAAACUUUCUUAUGAUUAUAACAUUUUAGGUUAUGUUUAUUAGGUUAUGUUUAUUACCUUUUGCGCUUAUGCCUAAGUUGUAACUUAAUGUUCUUAGUUGUAAGCACUUGUUGUACAUUUAUAUUAAUUAGUUAAUUUAAAAGCAAAAAAAAGGAAAACAAAUUGAAAAAUAUUUAUAAAUUUCCUAAAAAUUCAUUUAAAAGAGUGUACUUGCCCCCUCCCAAACACUUAGUGUUCAAUUGAGGUUUGCAAUUAUUGUUUUUACAUAAGUUUCGUUCUUAAGUCACAGCAAUGGACAGAGCCUAUCUAUUUCUAGCACUUAGUAAUAAUAAUAAUAAUAAUAAUAAUGAAGUGGUUCCGUAAACUCAUCAUUGUGGUGAUUAAGUUAGUUCUGCAAAUAGUUUUAUUAAUUUAAGUUAAAUAUUUUCCCCCGCAAAUUUCUUUAAACAUUAAAAUGAAGAAAAAACGAA